AGUUUAUAGUAGAACCAGUAGCAGGUAGAAUGCAUCGCUCCAAAGCAACGUUUCGUGAAUUUUUGGUGGCCGCAGUCGCGAAUAUCUCGGCGAUCUGCGUCGGGCUCACUGUCGGUUGGCCGUCCCCUAUGUUUCAGAAGCUGACGGAUCAGGGUUUGUCGGAUAAUCCGAUCGGUUACCCGAUCGUCGAAAGCGAACAGUCCUGGAUCAACUCGGUGCUGGCGGUGGGGAUUUUUGGGCCAUUCGCGGCCGGCUUUUUGGCAGAUUGGAAAGGUCGUAAGCUGGCCCUUUGGUUGUCGGGAGUUAUUCACAUUGUCGGAUGGAUUAUGUUGCUCCAGUCGACCUCGGUGCCGGUGAUGAUCGCGGCUAGAUUUGUGCAGGGAUUCGCCGGCGGUUGCAUUCUGAACGGAUUAACCAUGUACAUUGGAGAGAUUGCCAGCGAUGAGUACCGCGGGAUUCUCGGGUCUUUUCUGCAGAUUGGGCAAACCAUUGGUACGCUGUACGUCUACUUGAUCGGUCCAUAUGUUAGCUACAUCUCCUUCCAGUGGAUCUGCUGCGCAGUUCCACUCUUGUUUACCAUUCUGUUCUUCUACAUGCCGGAAACGCCACACUUUUUCAUAUCGAAAGGUCUCUACCAGCAAGCUGCAAACUCGCUUAUGUAUCUACGAGACGCAUCCUUAGAGGAAAUUCAAGGUGAUCUGCAACUUACCAAAGAUUACGUUCUGCAAGAAGAAUCGGUACAAAAGUCGAACGCCUUCCGCAGUCUUUUCACCAAUCGAGCAAACCUGCGGGCGCUGAUGAUAAGCUUCUGCUUGAUUUCUCUCCAGCAAUGGUCCGGAAUCGACUGUAUCCAAUCAAACAGUGAGCUAAUCUUCGAAAAGGCUGAAAUAGCACUGCCCAGCGAAGUUUGCACAAUCAUAAUGGGAGCGGUUCAGGUCGUGUUUGUGUGUUGUGUCAUAUUCUUCGUAGAUCAUUCCGGACGAAGGCCAGUUCUCAUGGCUUCUACACUGGGUCUUUCCGUAGUGUUGGCGCUACUUGGUGCAUACUUUCUGAUGGAUUCACUGGAUGUUCCAUCGCAGAGUAUUAGCUGGAUUCCACUGACCGGAAUGAUUGGCUUCAUCUCCAUCUACAACGUUGGCUUUGGACCUGUACCGUGGGCUAUCGCAGCGGAAAUCUUCGCACACGAUGUUAAAGCACUAGGAAGCAUGAUCAUCGUCUCCAGUUCAUGGGUUCUAGACUUUUUGGCACUUCGCUUCUUCUUGUUGAUCAGUGAAUCCUAUGGUUUCGAGUGGGCUUUCUGGAUCUUUGGGCUGGUCUGUGCCGGAGCGUUCCUGUUUACGUUGUUGUGCGUAAUCGAAACCAAAGGUCUUAGUCUGCAGGAGAUUCAGAACCGACUGGGCGGUGGGGGAAAGAAGGUGGAGGAGGAGUAGGACAUUGCGGACAAGCAAUAUUUAUUGCCAUAACAGAGAAAAAUGUCUCAAGCCAACCCUUGAUUUCUUAGCACAUUGCGGUCAAUUUUCUCUGAAUCAGCUAUAUAAUGCGG